UCACCAAUUGAUCUCUGCAUGUUUGACUGUGGGAAGAAGCUGGUGAAAACCCACACAUGCACAGGGAGAACAUGCAAACUCCACACAGAAAGAUUCCUGGCGGGGCCGGGAUGCGAACCGGGGACCUUCGAGCUGUGAGGCAACUGUGCUCACCACCAAGUCACUGUGCAGCCCCAUGCCCAAUUCAAUACAGAAAAUCAUUCUCGAACUGACUAAUCUUGAAGCAAGGCGUUUUGUCCCCUUGAUAAUGAAAGGAAUGGAAUUCUAGUUUAGUUUUUGAAAAAAACUGGACUGAUCAAAAUAACACAGUGUUUGUUCAGACAAGCAUGGGGAAGUAUUAUUUUUCAAAGAUGCUAGAUGGCUGGCCACACUCCCACACUGUAGGGGGCGGUAAUGGAGGUUAGUUCUGCCUUUACGCUGGUUUCCACCAAGAAGAGGAGCGAGAACGUCAUAGUGACGUCACUCAGUUGGACGGCUGUGUGCGUGGCGGUACUGGCAGAAGACAGGCAGCGGAGACGAAGAGGACUUGCCUAACUACACCAGUUUCUCCUGCCUAGCCACUGGUUUAUUGGCACUGCAAAAACAUCAACACAAAUGCACUGGAAUGCAGUCUAGAUCUGAAUAAGCAGUUCACUUUCCAGACGAAGCAGAUGAUCACUUUUUGGCACAGCACCUGUCUCUAAACAAAGACUACUGAUCUGAAACGUGUUGACAGGAAGAAAAGCCUUUGGAGGACAUGAACCUUUGCCAGUGAUCUAGGGAAAUGAGUUCUCCAGAAGAGGUGAGCUCAAAGAUAUAUUAACAAAAUUGUUGUGAUUGUGAUCAAAACAAACUAUUUUGGCCACCACAUAGGCAUCAGAUUUUUUUUUUAACUUAUGCAGAUUCCAGUAAUACUGUAGUACCAAUGGAUCAUUUUUUUUUAAUAGCAGACAUUUUGACUUGUAGCAGGUAAAGAAGAUGUGUUCAAUUAAGUUGACCUAGUUCCAGUAUCCUUUUAUUGUGUCAUAGCCCUGUGCGUAAAUUAAGGCUGGAGGAUCAAUGGACUUUAGAAAAUGGGAAACUCACAUCACUGUUAGUGGUAUAGCACAUUUUGAACAAGCAUUGAGCAAAAGUGCUUUCCAAUAGAGGAACAGUGUGACAUUACAAAUUUAUUCCCCAAGUUUAAAUAGCAAAGUCAGUUAACAACCAUAUUAGUUAUUAUAUGAAUUUACCUCACUAAUUUAAAUAAUAAUGCUGGAAUCCUUAUAAUUAUUAUAAUACAAAUUUACUGGACUAAUGUAAGCAAUUAAAAUUAGGACCCAACAUUUAUAUAUAUAAUACAAAUUUAAAUUAGAAAUUUAAAAUUAGAAUUUAAUGCUUUCCUAUUUAUUGCAUCAUAAACCUUAUUUUGCACAGUUCAUCACACCAGAUCUGUUCCUAAGUAGCCUAUAAAUGCUUUUUCUCUAUUCGUGAUCCAGACGAUAGAUCUCUCUCACUGAGCCUGUGUAUCAGGGGCUCUCUGUCAUUCUGCAGCAUGCUGCAUUACACACACAUACACACACUUCAGCCAGGUUCACACUGCAGGAGUUUUUAAAAUCAGAAUACAUUUUGAAAAUGGGUUGCAUCACACGCAUAAAAAAAUUCCCAAAUAUUCUUUUCUCUAAGCUUUAAUCAGGACUGGAAAAUAAUGGUGCGUCACACAGUACAGGAUAUUUUUAGGAUUAUUGUGCCUUAGGGAGCAGCUGAGGAGCAGUGGACUACAUCAUGGGAUCUCAUGUGGUUGAAGAUGUAACCAAAAUAGAGACUGUGGUUUAUUAACUUGCUGUAAUGCUAAUGAUACUUUGCAAUGACAAAAAAAAAGCAAAAGCAGAAGGUCAAGCUCAUCAGGAUGAGAAAAUGUUUGAUAAAAUGAAUUCAGAACAGUGAUUAAGAGUGGAUUGUUAAACCUUUCACAUUUCCAACAUUUGUUUAGAGCAAGGUUCCAGGCCACAUUUCAGAGAGUGAAACAGGUAAAUCAUCCCAAAAGCUCUUGUGGCCUGAGCCAAGCCUUAAACGCACACACACAUAUAUACCUUGCUCAAGUUGCAGUGAUGGAGAGAACUAAGCUUUAGAAAGCACAGUGACACUUGAGUAGCGGUGAGGCUGACAGUGCUUGUUGCCUGCCUUGCAUGUAAGAGCCAUACACUACAUAAAAACGAUGCACAUAGCCACCGUGAUGUUACAUGUUGGUUUGCGGAUUGAUAAAGUGAAGCCCAGAGUUUGCUACUUCCCAGUCACCAUCUUGGAAUUUUUGGAGCCAGAAGAGACCAUAUUUGAAAAAGAGGGCGGACUAGGAUAGCAGCGAGGGGCGAGGCGAACACUCUUCCUGUCCACCUUUAUUGGACUGACUGCUGCUGCAUUUUGCAAUACCGGUGCUAACAAAGUCAAGGCCACUUAGCCUUCAUAAGUAGAGGGUAUCUCCACAGAAAAAGCAAUGUUACUGAGGGCUGGUCACCAUGCCAUGAGCAUCUACGCUGAAGCACAGAGCUUGAUCUGGAUCAUUAGGGACGGCUGUGUCCAGUGUGGGCUACAGAGGACAUGAACAUUCAGCUGUAGCUGUCUCAAGUGGAACAGGCUUCUCCCUUUCUUCAUCCAGUCCCUGUGAGGAAGAUCAGCACUUAUGUCCUCCUCAUCCACUGCUAUAGGAAUGAUGUGACAAUUGUCUCAACCCUCACAGCAGCAAUGAUGAAUAACCUUCACCACUUACACCUGGAGUAUCCAGACAUGAACCUCAUCUUCUCUGGCACCACGUGGAGAUGCAGUUGAAAUCAACAGACUCAGACAGAAGCAGACCUCAUCAGUGUCAGGAGUGUGGGAAAUCUUUCAGUCGAAUCUGCAGCCUAAGAAGACAUGAAGUAACUCAUACUACGGCAAAACUAUACCACUGUGAACAAUGUGGCAGCAGUUUCAGCCAACUAAAUGCUUACAAGCUGCACUUGUAUACUCACCCUGAGGAAACAUCAUACGGCUGUGACCAGUGUGGAAAGGAUUUUAGCGAUCAGAGUUCAUACAGGAGACACCUUCGUGACCACACUGGACCAUACAAGUGUGACCAAUGUGAAAAGAGUUUCAGUUACUACAGUAUUUACAAGAUACACAUGCGUGUGCACACUAAAGAAAAGCCAUACUUGUGUGACCAGUGUCCCAAAAGUUUCAGUUUUUUAAGUUCAUACAAGCGACACCAGCUUAGCCACAGUGGAGAAAAGCCAUACCAGUGUGAUUUUUGUGGAAAGAGUUUUACCCAAUCUGGACAUUUCAGUCUGCAUCUGCGGAACCACACUGGUGAGAAACCAUAUGAGUGUAACCAGUGUGACAAGAGCUUUAGUGACCUAAGUAGUUACAAAAUACAUUUACGUGUCCACACAGGAGAGAAACCAUACUGCUGUGACCAAUGCGGCAGGAGUUUUUCUCAGUUAGGUAAUUAUAAAUCACACUUGCGUAUCCACACAGGAGAAAAACCUUUCCAGUGCGAAUUGUGCAAGAAAAGUUUCUCUAUUUCUAAAACUUAUAAACAGCAUGUGCACACUCACACUGGAGAGAAACCACAUAAGUGUAAAGAUUGUGGGAAAGGUUUUGGUCGUCUGAGCAACUACAUGCGCCACCUUCGUAUCCAUACUGGAGAGCAACCAUUCUGCUGUAAUCAGUGUGGGAAAUGUUUCAAUAGUUCCUACAGUUACAGCCGUCACCUGCGGGUUCACACUGGAGAAAAACCAUACUGGUGUUCACUGUGUAAGAGACUAUUUACCCGAUCACAGUCCUUGAAGAAGCACCGAUGCAUUGAAACAGAUGAAGAGAGUUUGACCAUGAGUAACAAAGACAUGCGAGUGAGCUGCUUGCCAACAGCCAACAGCAACCAACAACCAUCAGCAUAAGCUAGGAAGAGGACAUGCUGUUGAUUGUUUUCAAUACACGAAAGAAUUCAUCAGGUAUUGGGUAGACAAGAUGAGUCAUUGUAGGAUUAUUUCACUGUUGAAUUUGGUCUUGAUUCUCUGAAUUCUUGAACAUUAGAGAAUUCUUAAUCUUGUAGUCAUUCCGUAGACAUCGUUAUAUAAAAUAGGCAAUUGUAGAAUUUCAGCAACUAAUUACUUUAUUGAAAAAGGUUCUGGGGUUCCAUCUGUUGGUCAUUUCAAGAAUGGCAUUGUGACAGAUGGCUGUCAUUACACCACUAGGAACCAGAAUUGUCAUUCUGGGUGUUUGGGUGUAUUGGAAUACUUGUGUUUAAUUGUGGCCGUGAGAAAGAAAAAUGCUCAUGACAUGCUCACAAAAAGUCAUCGGUCACAAAUGUCUGCAUCUCAGACAGAAACCACUGUUAUUGAUCCUGCUCACUCUGGCCUUUUGUGUAUCUGACAAAGAUCAGGCAUUGAAUAAAUGAUUGGGAUUGGUUA